AUGUCAGUUUCAGAAAGCUUUCUUCCUCACUUGGUGUUUCUUCCAAGUGGCAUCGGAAACUUGUCUCCGUUUCUCCGACUUGCCGCCGCAAUGGCAUCGCGUAAUUGCAGAGUUACGUUCAUCAGCAUUCAAACUCAAGCCCCUGCUUUUGAAUUCAGCACUUUUUUCGCUAAUCACCCACAAAUAAAUCUACUCAAUCUUGAAAUUAUAGACUCGAAUACUCCCUCGCACUCCACCGUAACCGAUCCUUUCAUCGUACAAAUUCAAACCAUAAAUCACUCCCUCAACAAACUCAAUCCAUUCCUGUCUUCUUCACAAGUUUCUGCAAUAUUUUCCGACUUUGUUUUAGCAGCUGCACUGUCUCAAAUCUCCGAUAAUCUCCAUAUCCCUUUCUACAUUAUUUCCACCACUUCAGUUCGUUUUCUCUCUCUUGUUUCGUAUCUUCCAACUAUUUUAUCGAAAGACCCAAACGUAUUAUUUAGCAACUCUUGUGACGAAAUCGAGAUUCUCGGAUUGAAACCGAUACCGAAAUCGAGCAUCCCUCUUGCAUGGAAGCACGAAUACUCGACCAAUCAUCUACUGACAGCUUACCUUCUGCCAAACGCUAAAUCACUCCCAAAAGUCAACGGUGUUCUCUUGAACACUUUUCACUCGUUCGAACCAGAAACAAUAGCAGCCCUCAAUAACGGCAUAUUUCUAAAGAACCUGCCACCUGUUUUUCCAAUCGGGCCACUGCAAUUUUACGGGACCCACAAGAUCCACGACGAUGAUCACCAUCGCCAUCUUCUUCCAUGGUUGAGUGAACAAAGAGCUGAAUCGGUGGUGUACGUCAAUUUUGGAAGGCGAGAAGUGAUGUCAGCAGAUCAAAUGAGGGAACUGGGAAAAGGUUUGGAGAUAUGCAGCUAUAAUUACCUGUGGGUGAUGAAAGGCAAUAACGAGGAAGAUGACGAGUUUUCAGACAGAGGUGUAAUAAUAAGAGGGGAGGUGGAUCAGGAGCAAAUUCUAGCUAAUCCUGCCAUUGGAGGAUUCGUUAAUCAAUGCGAAUGGGAUUCAGUCAUGCAGGCAGCUUGGAACGGAGUACCGAUACUUGCAUGGCCACAACAUGGUGAUCAAGAAAUGAAUGCAGAAACUGUAGAAAAUGCAGAAUUAGGGGUUUGGAUUAAGGAGUGGGCCCCAGUCGAAAAAAUGAUCGAGGGAGAAGAAAUCGGACAAAGGGUAGCGAAAAUUAUGGGAGAUUUGAAUGUUAAGAAGAGGGCUAAAAUUGUGAGGGAGAAGGCUAGAGAGGCCUGUGAAAUUGGUGGCAGCUCUGAAGAGGCUUUUAUGGAAGUUGUCGAAAUUCUUACAAGCAAAAGGAACUAG